AUGCGCUUCACCUCCAUCCUCGUUGCCGGCGUUCUCGCCGUUGUUGCCAGCGCUCAGUCGUCUGCCGCCACUCCUACCGCCAGCGUCGAUGCGGCUCAGUCCUCCGAACAGGCUGCCACCCUCAAGUGUCUUGAGGGCUGCCCUGCCACCGACUUGGUCUGCAAGUCGAAGUGUGUUCCUGUUCCCAGCCCCAACGAAUCCCAGGUCAACAAGACCACCGAGUGUGUUGCCAAGUGUGACCAGGGUGACGGCAGCGCUGCUGCUACCGAGAGGUUCCGCGUGUGCCGUGACGGCUGCAUUGCCCAGUACUAUUACAGCAGCGGCGGUACCCCCGCUGCUACCGGUGGCUCUGGCUCUGGCUCCGGCUCCGGCUCCGGUUCCGGCUCUGGUUCUGGCAACUCCGCUGCUGCCACCGCUACAGGCUCUGGCGCUGCUGCUACUGCAUCUGGCUCUGCUACCGGCGCUGCUGCCUCCGGCUCGGCCACCGGCUCUGGUGCUGCCGCUAGCGGGACUACCGCCCCUAACGCUGCUCCUGUCCUUGCUGGCUCCGCUACUUUCGGUGUCAUCGGUGUCAUCGCCGCUGCCCUGCUGUAA